AUGAGUGGUAAACAACAAACACAGUUAUUAAAGAAUGUCUGUAAACGUGCUGAAUUAAUGCGUGCUCCCUAUCGUCAGUCAUCAUGGACCAACGAAACCCAACAAACUAAAAAGAAGUCGUCAUUACCAGGUAAUCAACGAGUUAAUUUUCAAUCAAAAUCGAUUGAUUCACAUGUUCGUAAAACAUCGUCAUUAGGUGAAAAACUUGUUUUGCCGUUUUCUCGUCGAUUGAUUCUGAUUGAUCGUCCAAUUGAAAAUAUAAAUGAGAAUGACAACGACGAACCCAAUCAAACAUCGACUGAUUGUGAAAGUAGUGAAUCUGAAUUCUCAUCAACAAUAUCAGAAGAUUAUUUAUUGACUGAUGACGAUAAUAAUGAAGAUAAUGGUUCACUUCCAACCGAAUCGUUACCACCAUCACCAUUUGCUUAUGAUCCUUACGACUCAUAUGACUGGGAAUGUUAA